CUUCUUCUUCUUCUUCUUCUUCUUCUUCUCUUUUUUCUUGGAUCCGAGUGGUUUUCCGGUGGGCCAAGUUGCAGAAUCUGUUGCUUAUAUAGAGUCCACUGCAAAGGAAAAUGACUGAAUCCAAGGUGGUUGUUCCCGAGUCGGUUUUGAAGAAGAGGAAGCGACAGGAGGAAUGGGAGCUUGCCAAGAAACAAGAGCUCGAAGCUGCUAAAAAGAAAAGUGCUGAGAACAGGAAGCUCAUUUACAACCGAGCUAAAAACUAUGACAAGGAAUACCAGGAGAAGGAAAAGGAAUUGAUCCAGCUGAAGCGCGAGGCAAAGUUGAAGGGUGGCUUUUAUGUUGAUCCCGAAGCAAAAUUGCUUUUCAUUGUCCGUAUUCGUGGUAUCAAUGCUAUCGACCCGAAGACACGGAAGAUUUUGCAGCUUUUGCGGUUGAGACAGAUCUUCAAUGGUGUGUUCCUGAAAGUCAACAAAGCAACUAUGAACAUGCUUCACCGGGUUGAGCCUUAUGUGACCUAUGGGUACCCCAACUUGAAGAGCGUGAAGGAAUUGGUUUACAAACGAGGCUAUGGAAAGCUGAACCACCAGAGGAUUGCCUUAACAGACAACUCUAUCAUCGAGCAGGCACUCGGGAAAUACGGGAUAAUAUGCACGGAGGAUCUGAUCCACGAGAUAAUGAGUGUCGGUCCUCACUUCAAGGAAGCCAACAACUUCUUGUGGCCAUUCCAGUUGAAGGCUCCGCUCGGGGGAUUGAAGAAGAAGAGGAACCAUUAUGUUGAAGGUGGAGACGCUGGAAACAGAGAGAACUACAUCAAUGAACUCAUCCGCAGAAUGAACUGAAGCCUCUCUCUCUAGUCAAGGCUUUUCAAAACGCGUGUUUUUUUGGUUGUCAGACCUGGAAUUCUGGUUUCAUGCUGUUGGUAGCUAUGUUUACGUCUUCUCUUUUCUUUCAUAUACUAUAAGAGAAAAGACCCACAUUUUGGUCCAUCUUCCUAUUCGAUUGAAA